AUGACUAAUAAAGACGACCAAAUACCAAUAUUAAAUAAUGAAUCCAUUACCAAUGUUAAUGAUGGUGAUGAUGAAUUAAUUCUUAAUAUAAGUGAAACAAGAAAAGUUCCGUGUCCAACAUGUCAUGGAAGUGGAAAAAUUCAUAAAACCGAUUCAACCGGUUUAGUUGCUUUAAUUCCAUUAAGCGAUAAACGAUUAAAACCAAAACAUACAUGGAUUUGGAUAUUAUUAACUGUUUUAUUUUGUUUUAUACUUGCAUUUACUUGUAUAUUUUUUCUUUUACCACGUUCAGUACUUUUACAAAUAACAAAUAAUUUAGUUAUUGAUGAUGUUAAUUCUACAAGGACAAAUUCGCUAUUUUUAAUGAAAUUUUUACAUCAUUUUACAUUAGAUUCAAAAAAUUUUGUCCCGGUUAAAUUGGUUAAUGUCACAUGUGUAAUUGAAGAUAAUUUAGAGAUUGUUGGAAGAUCAUAUAAAAUUUAUUCGAAUAAUAUUCGUAUAUUACCACGUUCAAAACUAAAUUUAAUAAUGCCAUUAGAAUUAGAAUUUCGAAAUACAACCGUACCGUUUCGUCAAUGUCAAGGUCAAUUUAAACAAAUGUUAUUGAUGAAAAUACAAACAUCAAUUAUCUACAAUGAUCUACUCGCACGAUCAGAAAGUACAUCUCUAAUAUCUUAUCAAUAUGUUUUAUGUAAUAAGGGUGUAUGGAUCAAAUAA